AUGGUUCAGCCCAAGAGCCAGGUCAUCUACGCACCAUCAGAUGAAGCUUCCCGCGGCGUAAAGUCCAUAUUCCUGGCCGGCACUACCAACAAAGUCGACACGAGCGAUUGGCGUGAGACCCUAUCGAUGUCCCUCUCCGACCUGCCAGUCACAAUAUACAAUCCUUACCGCAGUGAUUGGGACAGCUCGUGGCGCGAGGACAUCGAUUUCCCUCCUUUCCGCGAGCAGGUGGAGUGGGAGCUCGACAAGCAGGACAAGGCCGAUAUUGUCGUUAUUUACUUCCAUCCUGCUACCCAGGCGCCGGUCAGUUUGCUAGAGCUGGGCAUCUGUGCGCGGAUUCCGGGGAAGGCUAUUGUAGUCUGUCCUGAGGGAUACUGGAAGAGGGGGAAUGUGCAGAUUGUGUGCGAGAAAUACGGAAUUGAAAUGGUGGACGAUGUCGGUGCGUUGAGAGAAGCCAUUGUGAAGAGGUUGCCUGUUCGUUUGUGA